UUUUUCUUUUUUUUUUUUUUUUGGUAUUAUCGCGUUGUGAUCGACGGAUAUGAAGCUCGAUCCUACCAAAAAUGGCGUGGACCCGACUGCAUGAAGAUCAGAACCCCGUAAAGUAGCCGCAAAUGAAGUCUUGCGAGAGUACUCACCUACUACCACUUUUCUACACACGCGGGACAAAAUAGUUAUUGUGUAAUUUUUUUUUUCCCGAGAAAAUUACGCGAUUCCCGGGAAAAUAAUUGGAAACCCGACAGAAUCAUUCCUCUGGGCGAUAUAUUAUUUCUCUCUUGUGUUUCUUUUAAGAGUUCAUGGAAUCGAUAGACUGAACCGAAGAAGAAGAUUACAAGCCCAGUGUUGAGAUUCAAACGAGUCGCUGAACAUAUCGGGACAUGAAUUUGGUUGAUUACGCUAGAUUAUUGUUUUUUAUACGAAGAUGAUGUUGGGCAAGAUAGAGUCUGAAAACAGAAAUAGUUCUGGGAACUCGAAUAGUGGCCAGUUGUUGCGAGACAUUGAAGAAAUAAGUAAAGCCCUUUAUCUGCACAAAACACCUUCAAAGGCUUUGGUAUCUUCGUCAUCAUCCGACGUUCGAUCUAAAUCUACGGGGAAAAUCCGUUUGUCAGAAUCGAAGUCCAUUUCAAAUCCAACAUUGCUUAGGAAAGAAGAAUUAUUGCACAAGGACAAGAAAUUAUCAUCACUAUGGAGUUGGAAGAAGCCCUUAAAAGCUCUCUCGCAUAUUGGGAAUCAAAAAUUGGAUUGUUUCUUUUGCCUUCAUGUCCAUUCGAUCGAAGGGUUGCCCGCAAAUUUUGACAGUUUUAGUCUUCGAGUGCAUUGGAAGAGGAAGAAUGAGGUGCUCUCCACUGGCUCUUCGAGGGUUCUUCGGGGCAUGGUUGAAUUUGAAGAAACAUUGGUGCAUCAAUGUUCUGUUUAUGGCAGUAGAACCGGGCCCAACCACUCUAUGAAGUAUGACUCAAAGCUUUGCUUGAUCUAUGCUUCUAUAAUUGGGGCUCCUGAGCUUGAUAUCGGAAAGCAGUGGGUCGACCUCACGAGCUUGUUGCCACUUACAUGGGAGGAGUUAGAGGGGGAAAAGAGUCGUGGUAAAUGGACCACCAGCUUCAAACUCUCAGGCAAGGCUAAAGGUGCUAGUUUGAAUGUUAGUUUUGGAUUUUGGGUUACGCAAGAUAAGUUGGUUAAAAUGAGUGGAAAUUUGAACUUCUCCGAGCUUGUAAACAUGGUGCAGGGCAGGUCAACUACCAAGGAAUAUGAUGUUGAUUUAAAUCCAAGUAAUUGUAACGAGAUGAUUCAGCGAGUUAGAAGCAUUCCUGGUAGCGUACAUAAUAGCUCUACUGAUGUGAAAUUUUGUCAUGAUAUAUUGCUGAGGAAAGGGUUGGAGCUCUCCAAGUCAAUAACUUUUCUAUAUCAGAAACUUGAUGAGGGAAGUUUGUGCUGUUCAGAAGAUGCAGAUUCUCAACAUAUGAAGCAUGUCAAACCUGAGGUUGAUCGUGACUUUGUGUUUGCUGAGGGAAUUGAAGAAUAUGAUUCUGAUAUUACUGAGUUUACCAUUACUGAAGUAGGGACAGAAAUUUGUGAAAGUGUACAGUUGGCAUCGCCAUUGAAUCAAUGUACUGGUCGUACUAAUGAUGAGUCUGCCAUUGAGGUUAUCAAUGCAGAUGAGAUCAUUCAAGAUUGUGAUAUAGAUGUUGACAAGGAGCCAAUAUUUAUUUCGAAGGAUGGCAGCUUUGAUGAUUUUGAAUUUAAGGUUAUGAUGGAUAAUAGUAAACAUGAAACAAAUAGCAUAUGCACUGAAAAUUUGACCUUGGAAGAGGUGGAGCCAGCUUUUAAUGGACAGUCAAUUUCAGGAUCUGCUGAGGUGGAUAUUUCGGUAUCUACAAAAGAAUAUAUUGAGCAGGAAAACCACAUAGAGAUGAAAUCAAAUGAUAAAGCAAAUAAACCACUAAAACGGUCGCUUAGCUUGGAUGAUGCUGAUGAAUCUGUGGCAAGUGAGUUCUUGAACAUGCUGGGGAUGGAACAUGACUCAUUUGAUAUGAGAUCUGAUGGUGAUCCAGAGUCUCCUAGAGAAUGUCUUUUGAGACAGUUUGAAAAAGAGGCACUAGCUUCAGGCAACUUCCUUUUUGAUUUUGAUGCAGAUGAAGAGCAAUCAGAUUUUGCAUGCACUGUCACACCCAAGUGUGGUUUCAUGGAUUACUCUGAGGAUUCUAAUUUGUCUUUGAUCCUUCAUGCUACUGAAGAGGAGGACAAGAGAGUAAGUGAAUUAUUAAAGAGAAGAAAUGCCAAAAUUCUUGAAGACUUGGAAACUGAAGCAUUGAUGCAAGAAUGGGGCUUAAAUGAGAAGGACUUUCAGAAUUCUCCUCGUAGUUUUUCUGGUGGGUUUGGUAGUCCAAUUGAGCUUCUCCCUGAAGAACCAUGCCAACUACCUCCACUUGAAGAAGGCUUUGGUCCUUCUGUUCAGAUGAAGCAUGGAGGCUUUCUGCGGUCUAUGAAUCCUCUAAUUUUCAGAAAUGCAAAAAAUGGUGGAAACUUGGUCUUUCAAGUUUCUAGUCCAGUUGUACUACCUGCAAAAAUGGGUUAUAAUGUUAUGGAGAUACUGCAACAUUUGGCAUUGGUUGGAGCCGAAAAAAUGUAUAUGCAGAUCAAUAAGUUAAUGCCUUUGGAGGAUAUUACCGGGAAGACAAUAAAGCAGGUUUCUCAGAAUGCAGCCCCGGAUAAGAUGGCAUCUGAUAGGCAGGCUUUAUUGGGGCAUAAUUCAUAUGGUUGGAGAAAGGGAGUUGAAGAUUUUUCGCCUGGUUGGAAUAGUAAGAACAUGAGGUCAGAUUUAGUAGGUUAUGAGAAACAAAUGAAGUUCGUUGUGUCUCUUGAAGAACUUGCUCCUUUUGCUCUAGGUAAGGUUGAAGGCCUCUCAAUUGAGGGAUUAAGAAUACAGUCUCGCAUGUCGGAGGAGAAACCACCUUCUUCCAUACACCCCCAGUUUAUUGAGACUAUGUCGACCUCCGAAGGCAGGAGAACUAAUCUUGGUCAAUUUCUCAGUUUAGAAGAUGUUGGAGGAUCUCAGGUAUGUGCUGUCAGAGACAGUGGCAGCAAUAAUGAUGGCUUAAUUGAUCUGUCUAUAACAUUGGAUGAGUGGUUGAGGCUAGAUGCUGGAAAUUUUGGCCUAGAAGAUCAUAACAAUGAGCAUGUUUUAAAGAUCCUUGCUGCCCAUCGUGCUAAGUGCCUAGAUUUAGUUGGUAGAAGGGCGACAGAAGAUGUCAACCAACACAAAUCAUGUGAUAAGAAGUGUGGAUUGUUGGGAAACAACCUUACAGUUGCUCUCACCAUGCAGCUCAGAGAUCCACUUAGAAACUUUGAGCCAGUGGGUUUACCAAUGCUUCUUCUGAUUCAAGUGCAGAGGGUCUUUGUUUCUCAGAUGGAAAAAGGGCAUGGUAUGAUGUUGAAACAUAGCCAGGAGAAAGAAAAUGAUAAUCCAUUGUCUGAGGAGCUAAGUGGCAGCAAAGAUGAGGAGACUGAUGAAGGAGAUGAAGAAGACACUCCCUUGUUUCAAGUCAGUGAGAUCCACAUUGCAAGUGUGAAUACUGUGCCUGGCAACAGGCAGCUUUGGGGUACCACAGCACAACGGCAGUCUGGGUCCCGUUGGUUGCUCUCUAGUGGUAUGGGUAAAAACCCAAGUUAUGUUUUUUCAAAAUCAAAGGCAAUUGCAAGAUCAUCUCCUCAUGUAGCAGAGUCAGAUGAUAUCUUGUGGAGCAUCUCCUCCAAUGUUCAUGAACAGGGAGAUAACAAAAGGGAUUUAACAAUUCCACAUACUCGAAACCCUGACAUCAUCUUUCCAAGUGAAAUCAUCAGGCCUCACGAAACGAGCACUUUUCAAAAUCGAAGGCAAUUGUAAGAUCAUCUCCUCAAGUAGCAGAGUCAGAUGAUAUCUUGUGGAGCAUCUCCUCUAAUGUUCAUGAAUAGGCAGCUAACAAAAGAGAUUUAAUAAUUUCACAUACUGGAAACCCUGAUAUCAUCUUUCCAAGUGAAAUCAUCAGGCCGCACGAAACUAGCACUUUUUAGUUAAUUUGGAUGGAUCUCUCUUCUGGUAUAUACAAUUUUGUUUGUAUAGUGAAUAUGGUACACAGCUUGAUACAACCUUGCUCUAUAUGUCAACCCAAGUUCACUGAAAGGUUUUAAGUAAGAAAAGACUAUGCAGGCUUUGUUGAUAAGAAAUACACUGUGGCUGGUUCUUUGAUGUAGAUGAGAAUGGUAAAACUCUUUUGUAUGUUUUCUCCAAAUUUAAUUUAUUGAUGUGUAUGAUAUCUAAUAAAAAGCAAUGUCUGAACAUUUAUGCUUUUAUAAUGUGAACAUCCAUUGUGUCUCAA